AAGACCGCUAUGAUUGGCGAGUUGCAAAGAUUAGCUUCGCGAUAUGGCACACACCUUGUGAGUCAGGAUUAAACGUUUUAUCUACUCUCUGUUAACGGAUAUCGUGAAUUCUUCGAUUUUGAACGUAUCUCGGAGCAACGAACUCGCCUGCCGGCGACUGAAAUCUCUGGAUCGCGGUUAUAUUCGUUUGUUAAUUUCCAUUGACACACGCAUGAAAUUUUUGUUGCUACGCGGUCGAUUCGACGGAAUAGCUGAAUCGGAUACGCGGUAAAAAUAAAUACGUACAGUAAAAAGCGCAAAAGAAGGAUCACCGUGAUAAUCGUGCUUAUUUUUCGGAUGAAAUUCAGUGCAGUACACGUGCAUCAUCCAAUCGUUGCCGAAGGAACCGUUAGAAGUUUCAGUCGUGUGCGCGUUUGAACGAUCUAGUAUACAUUUGUCAUCUACGUGCGGAGAACCACUCCCGAUUGGUGUUACGGUGUUUCCGCGAUACUUGUUACCGUUAAAAGAAGAGUACCAAUAUGGCUGUUAAUGUUUAUGCAACAAAUGUGACAACUGAAAACCUGAGUCGACAUGAUAUGUUGGCAUGGGUAAAUGACUGUCUGCAGUCAUCGUUUACCAAGAUCGAAGAGUUAUGUACUGGAGCUGUUUAUUGUCAAUUCAUGGAUAUGCUUUUCCCUGGAAGCGUUCCAUUGAAGAGGGUCAAGUUCAAGACUAACCUCGAGCAUGAAUACAUACAGAAUUUCAAAAUUUUGCAAGGUGGUUUCAAAAAGAUGAAUGUAGAUAAGAUUGUUCCAAUUGAUAAACUGGUGAAAGGCAGGUUCCAAGACAACUUUGAAUUUUUACAAUGGUUCAAGAAAUUUUUCGAUGCAAACUACUCCAGAACAGAGCCAUACGAUGCACUUGCUAUGAGAGGAGGAGAAGCCAUGGGUAGUGGUGGAAAUAAUGCACCGCAUGGCACUAAUGCAAAACGCACCACACCACGUGAUGUAAAUUCGACUAAACCGGCCGCUCGUAUUGGUGAGGAUCCUUCGCCUCCUGUACCUACAGCUAACGUCAAGUCUAUUAACAAAGCUCCGGCUCAUCGUCCGCAAGCGAAAACAGGCGUGGGAAAUCGUGUCGAAUCUGGAAAAGUUGAAGAACUUAGUGCCCAGUUGAUGGAAUUAAAAAUGUCGUUGGAUGGGCUGGAGAAAGAAAGAGAUUUCUACUUCGGGAAAUUACGUGAUAUCGAAGUUAUGUGCCAAGAUUGUGAUAACGGAGAUCCUCCCCCAAUAGUACAGAAAAUCUUAGAAGUCCUUUAUGCAACAGAGGAAGGGUUUGCACCACCAGAAGAACUGGAAGGAGACGGUCUUGCGCCAGAUGACGAAGAAGAAUAUUAACUUCACUUUUUUUUGUACAAUCAUUAUAAAAAGUACGACAGCAAAUUGUCCAAGUGCGUUUCAGUUUAUUAUCUAUUUGUGAGCCAGUAUCAGUACCCUUCGCAUAAUUGAUAAGCUACUUUGUAUAGCUAUUUAAGCAUUUCCGCCUUUUCAUUUUCGUUACAAACGUUUUCACCGAGAGUUCAUUAAAAGAUUUGCACGUAUAAUUAGGGUAGGAAAGUACAUUAAAUAAAUGCACUUGAAUAACUUGUACUCUACGACAAGUAAUUAUUAAGGGUCAAAGAAAAGAAAAAACAGAAUUAGCAGUUCAUAUAUUGUCAUAGUUCUUUAUCGUAAUAAAAAUAACGGUAGAGCUUUGAACAUCGAUAAGUCUCAAAAUAUGAAGAGGAAAAAAAAAGAAAAUAAGGGAAAAAUAUUUUUGGAUGCAGAUACUCGACGACUAUCUGAAUCCAGUUUGUUAUACAGUAAUUUUAUGUUAACUAUGUUCAAUAACGUGUGAGUGUUUUUGUUUGUAAAUGCACUACUGUUUUUAUCGAUAAAUAGGUGAAAUCUCGUCGGUUUGUCCUUUUCGUACAUUGUUGUAGUUCUUUGAAAACCGUAUUUUAUGAGCGCAUAAUCUAUAGUGUAACUGUUUCAAACCUGUUUACCUUGUGCAAUUGCGACACAAUGCGUAUGAUACAAUCGAUUAUUUGUUAACAAUUGAAACCAUUAAUUUUUCACCGAUCAUAGAUGUGAAAUACGAUAUAUGAUAUAAUAUGUCGAAACUGAUUCUUGAAACGCAUUAAAUUGAAUUCCCCAAAUUUUAUACACACCUUUCGUUUUUUCUUUUCUUUCUUUCUUGUUUUUUUUUUUUUUUUUUUAAUUAAUGGAAGAUCAUAGUUUAUGCUGUCAUUGUAUAAUUUAUAAACUCAUAGAUACGAUUGCGAUCUAAAAUCUAAAAAAAAAAAAAAAAAAAAAAAGAAAAAGAAAA